GAAAGAGAUAGAGAGAGGAUACUUCUAGCAUCAGCAAUAUAUUUGCAUCUCGUUACUUCUCCAUUAAGUGUAUAGUAGUGGUGUUAAUCAUAAUUCUUUUUUUUUUUAAAGCAAAUUUUUAUCAGUGGUUGGUGAUUUUUUUUUCCUUAAUAUUUUUUUGUGAAAAAAGAAGUGGAAAAAUGACAACUCCUGUGGUAAUAGAAGCUACAGCAAAGCACACUGCAACGUUAAUAUUCCUGCAUGGAUUGGGUGACACAGGACAUGGCUGGGCCAGUUCUAUGGGUGCGGUGAGAUCAGCUUGCAUGAAAGUUAUUUGUCCAACGGCACCUACGAUGCCGGUAACAUUGAAUGCUGGAUUUCAAAUGCCAUCUUGGUUUGAUUUAAAAUCCCUGAAGUCAACUGGACCGGAAGAUGAAGCAGGAAUUCGUAAAGCUGCAGGAAUGGUGCAUUCUUUGAUAGCCAAUGAAAUUAGUCUUGGAAUACCAGCAAAUCGAAUAAUUUUAGGUGGUUUUAGUCAAGGUGGUGCUCUGGCAAUAUUUAGUGCUCUCACUUAUCCUCAAUCAUUAGCCGGUAUUAUUGUUUUAUCUGCUUGGCUUCCUUUGCAUCAAAAAUUCCCAGCGGAAAUGAUUGGAAAUAAACAAACGCCUUUACUACAAUGUCAUGGUGAUUGUGAUCCAAUUGUCCCUUAUAAGUGGGGACAAUUGACAGCAGCUGCCAUGAAGCAAUUUAUGUCAAAUACCGAAUUCAAAACAUACCGAGGUUUAGAACAUUCGUCUUCUGAUGAAGUACUUCAAGAUAUUAAGAAGUUUAUUGAAAAAACCAUAAAGUAACUUUUUAAAUGAAUUGCAUUUAUAACUUAUUCGCUACACCCUAAUUGUAAUAAGUACUGAGAGGAAAUUAUUUCCAAACUUUAAUAUUAUAUACAUAUAUUUAAAUCUAGUAACUCGUUGACGAGUUAAAAAAAAAUCAAUCUAGGUGAAAAAUUCCAACGUCUAUAAUAUAAAAAAGAAAAAAAAAAUGAUACGUAGAUUGAUCAGUAAAAACGUCUUUCUAUGAUGAUAAAAAAUAAUGUCUCAUUAUUGCUUAUAAAAAUUAUAAAUCUUAUUUUAUGCCGAACUGCUGCUAUUGAUCAAUAUUAUAGAUUACUAGUUUCAGAAUAAGAAAAAUUAAGCAUUUAUUAUCCUACUAAAUGUCACUUUUUAAAUAACAGAAAAACAAAAUUUCACAAGUAGAAGACUGAAAUUGUUCUUUAUUUACGUAUCUCUUAGAUUUCAUUGAAAUAAACUUCCAUUUUUUUUGGUGCUGUUUUUUUUUA